AUGGCCCUUGUUAGUGCUCUCUCCCUGCCUGUCGCCCCUCUGUCGCUGCGAUACCUCGAAUCUGCCUGGCUGUCCGCCCUUGGCACGGGUAUCCUCCUCCCCUCAGCCCGACGCUCGUACAGCUGCGGCUAUCUCGAUUUAGGUUUGCCCACCCUGACCAUCCCGUCCGUCCCCUUGUCGCUUGCUCCCUGGCCCGGUUCCUGCGCCAGGCCCUCCUUUUGCCCUGCCUUGCACUGUUUGCGUUUGCUUGUUCCUCUAGAUCACUCGACCUCGCGGUCUUGA